AUGAAAACAAAGAAAUGUACAAUAGAGCCGACACCAGAACCACCCCCGCCUGAUCCAUGUAAGUUACAACGCAUAAGACAAAAAGAAAAAGCAGGCAUUAAAAUAUGUCCUCCAAAGCCUAUCGAACCUCCGGAACCAAUAGCACCCUGCCUUGCUAUAUGUAUUGAAAAGAUAAAAAAUCCGCCAUACACCACAACCGAAGAGGCUAUUGUUUGUAUCGUGGAUAGGGAAAAAACUGGAACAUCCAGAUGUGAUGCUAUCGAAGAUUUGACAGCUGCUCAUUCUGAUCCACCCCAUCCUUGUAUGAAACAGCCCCCACCACCACAACCACCUCCUCCUCCGCCACCUGAUCCUUGCGAAGUCCAGAAGAAAAGAGAACGAUUAGCGGCCUGUAAAGAAAAAUACAAAAGAUACUACGAGUGA